AUUAAUAUCGCGCUCUUUUUCUGAGUCCUAAAAACCAGAGAUUGAUUUUCGUUCCAUUUCUUCUUAUCUGCAUUGGAUUAAGAAAUGCAAGAUCAAGCGACGAGUUCAAUUGCGGCCCAUUCUCUGCCCUCGAGCAGUGAAAGGUCUUCAAGCUCUGCUCUUCAAAUUGAAGUCAAAGAAGGUUUAGAGAGUGACGAGGAGAUCAGGAGGGUGCCGGAGAUCGGAGGAGAAGCCGCCGGUACUUCUGCCUCCGGUAGGAACAGCGGAGCAACGGGUUCUCUGGACCGCGCUAAGGCCUCCGGCGAAGGUGGCCAAAGAAAGAGAGGAAGAAGCCCAGCAGAUAAAGAAAACAAGCGACUUAAAAGGUUGUUGAGGAACAGAGUGUCAGCACAACAAGCAAGGGAGAGGAAGAAGGCAUACUUGAGUGAGUUGGAAACAAGAGUCAAAGACUUGGAGACGAAGAACUCGGAGCUUGAAGAGAGAGUGUCCACCUUACAGAAUGAGAAUCAGAUGCUUAGACAUAUACUGAAGAACACCACUGCGAGCAGGAGAGGAGGAACUAGUGGUUCCAAUGCUGAAGAAGGAUCUUUAUGAGUAAAGAAAGAACUGACUAGGGACUAGAGUUUGUAAAAAUUAAGGAGAAUUGUAUGUGGUUCUAAUUGUUAUCCUCUUCCUAUGAUUCAUUAUUAUGUCUUUAAUGGCGGGACUGUAAUUUACUACUAGUUUGAAGAAAAAUCAUACCAUGCAUUUACAAAGUCAACUUCCAAAGUAAAGUUGAGUCCACCGACAGCCAAUCUAGUGAAGCUGCCGACAAUAGCCGGUAAUUCCAAGAACGCUGUGAACAGCUAAGACAAAGUUUGGUAUUCUGCAAUAAAAAU